AUUGUACAUGUUUGCAAUAAUAUAAACACAUAUUGACAGAUAGAGUGCAUGCACGAAAAGAUGUCGGUGACCAUCUAAAUCAAAUCCAUCGUUGAAUUGGAUGACUAAAAGAGUCUUGGAAGGUGAGCUUUUUAUUAGAGGACGAUGUAGGAGGCAUCACCAUGACCGGCCGUAGAUGCCGCAAGUCCCAUUCUCCGCCAGGCGUCACCCCAAACCAGGGCAACCAUAACAACAACAACAACUGCAUCUCCCGCAUCAAAGGUUUGUCCCUGAAAGGUUCUUCCUGGAACCCUUCGACCCUGGUGAAACCCAAAAGACACUCCCAGCCCAUCAACAGUUCAACCUUUGAUUCUCUACCUCUCCCUUCCGGACCGGACUGGCUCUUCUACGCAGUCAUCGCUGCAGUGAGUUUUGCAGUGUUCUCCAAUGCCUUACGCGGCGACUUUGUCCACGAUGAUGUCUUUGCCAUCAAGAACAACAAGGACCUGCUGCCCUCGACCCCUCUGUCGAAGGUCUUCCAGAAUGACUUCUGGGGCAAGUCGAUGAGUGACAACACAAGCCAUAAGUCCUACAGGCCCCUCUGUGUUCUUACAUUUAGGUUGAACUAUCUGAUGAGCGGUUACCAACCCUACUCAUAUCACCUUUGGAAUGUGUGUCUCCACUCAGCUGUUUGCAUAAUCUUUACGUUUGUAACUCAUCGAGUCGUAUUUAAUGAUAUCCGACCUGCGUUUAUCAGCGGUCUUUUGUUUGCAGUCCACCCAGUGCACACUGAAGCAGUUGCUGGAGUUGUUGGUCGUGCUGAUGUGUUGUCUUGUCUGUGUUUCCUCCUUGCAUUCCUAGCUUAUUCAAGAUGUAUAGUAUCAGAGAGACCAAAGCAGGAGGAACGUUGCUACCAGCCCACCUCCACCCCAUACCUCAUCCUCUCAACAUCCAUUCCUCAUCUCGUUCUCUGCAUCUUCCUCUCGCUCUGUGGUUUAUUGGUCAAGGAACACUCUGCGACCGUCCUAGGGGUCUGUCUGUGCUACGAUGCCAUUGUGAAGUCAUGGCCUUUUCUGACAAGGUACGUUGUAAAAUCAAAGUCCUCUACCUUGCCGGCAGAUCUGAUCCCAUUCAUCUUCAGAAGUGCAAUAUUGAUUGGUGCUGCAUUUGUAUUCCUUAGUUUCCGUCUGUGGAUGUUGAAUGGUCAUCUCCCUCAUUUUUCAGAGGAGGAUAAUCCAGCUUCAUUUGCUCCUCAUCUCACAACAAGGUUCCUGACCUACAGCUACCUUGUAGCAUUCAACAUUUUGCUGCUCCUCUGUCCCACCACACUGUCCCAUGACUGGCAGGAAGGGAGCAUCCCCCUCGUCGAGUCGUUAUGGGAUCCGAGAAACGCUGCCACCCUCUUAGCCUUUGCGUCGCUCUGUCUCAUAACGUUUCAUUGCAUCUUCAGGUCAAAGGACACAGAGAGAAGAGUACUUGCAUGUGGAUUGCUUUUUCUGGCCGUUCCAUUCUUGCCUGCCUCUAAUUUACUAAUCAAAGUUGGUUUUGUUGUGGCCGAGAGAAUCCUCUAUAUACCAAGUCUUGGCUUCUGUAUCCUUGUAUGCUAUGGCAUAUUCAAGAUGGCUGCCUGCCUGACGUCUCGCUCCAGUCGAGCCUUCCUCUCGAUAGCUACCCUUAUCAUGGUGCUGUGUUUCUGCCGAAGAACAUGGGUGCGGAACCGCGUUUGGGAGUCGAGAGAAACGUUAUUCAAGUCAGGAUUGGAGACAUUGCCUCACAAUGCGAAGAUGCAUUAUAACUACGGCAACUAUCUCAUGGAUACAGGGCUUAGAACCGAAGCCAUCAAGCAUUUUCAAGAAACUUUGAGUUUAUACCCUCGGCAUGCUUCAGCCAAUAACAAUCUUGGUACGCUACUGAGCGAAAGUGAACCACAGAGGGCAGCAGACUUUUUCCAUGAGGCAAUAAGGAUUAAUCCUCUGCAUGCUAGAGCAUACUUCAACCUGGCAAAUAUAUAUCAUAACCGCGGAGAGCUUGCCACUGCUGAAGCGUUGUUUCUGAAAGCCUUGGAGAUCGAUCCUCAGUACCUGGAUGUCUUCAUCAGCUUGGCCUCCUUGAAGCAGGUCCAGGGGGAUAUCACUGCAGCCGAAGGCUUGUACAGGCAGGGCCUGGAGAAUGGGGAGCCUUCCGCCGACCUUCACAACAACUAUGCAGCAUUUCUCAUGGGCAAUGAUCAUCAUCAGGAAGCGUUAUACCACUAUGGAAAAUGCUUAAAGAUUGACCCCGCCCAUGUCGUUGCCAUGACGAAUAAGGCCCGCCUCCUCAGACAUCUAAACAGAACAGAUGAAGCAGAGGAUAUGUACAUCAGGUCUCUCUCAUACAGCAACAAUGCCAAAACCUUGCAGAGCCUUGCAGCUAUUUAUUACAACACUGAUCGGCCAUCCAAAGCCCUGGGGACUUACAAAGAAGCAUUGGACUUGGAACCUCAUAAUCUCGAGAUACAGCUUCAAUAUGCCCAGGUUAUGACAAGACUUGGUCUAUUCAAGGAAGCAGAGGCCUAUCUCACCGAAGCCCUGGACUCCAAUCCAACCACCAUAGAACUUCAUAGACUCCUCUCAAGUGUGUACAGUGUACAGCAUCGCUACCAAGAGGCUUUGAGGCAAGUUGAGGUAGCGCUGGGACUGACUAAGAUCACAGAUGUGGAAACCAAAGCAGAGCUCCUGUUUGAGAAGGCCAACCACUUGAAGGGACUCAACAAAAUAGAGGAGUCACAAAAGACAUAUGUAGAGGUAUUGUCUCUGAACCCAGAGAUGGGAUCAUGCCUGCUGAACUUAGGAGCCAUUCACCACCUCAAGGGAGACUACAAGCAAGCUAGGAUGUAUUACAUGAGGGCGCUGACCCUUGACCCCAAGAAUGAAAUCCUCAUUGAAAACAUCGCCAAGCUGAAGAGAGCAGAAUCUAAAGCAAGGAGAACAACGUAAGGUCAAAGGUCAGUGCUGCCUCUUACGUGCAGGAUUCCAGCAAGCGUCUUUUCAUCACUAAAUUUCACAUUCAACAUUGACCUCGAGAAUGACAUCCUCCUUGGAAAUAUUGCCAAGCUGAUGAUAGCAGAAUCUAAAGCAAGGAGAACGACAUUGGAUGUCGAAGGUCAGCACCGAUUCUUACAUGCAGGAAUCCAGUGUCUUUUCAUCACUUAUCUUCUCAGUCACCUUUGACCCCAAGAAUGAAAACAUUGCCAAGCUGAAGAGAGCAGAAUCUAGAGCAAGGAGAACAACAUCGAAGGUUGAAGAUCAGCAUCGAUUCAUACAUGCAGGAAUCCAGCAUCUUUUCAUCACUAAACUUCUCAGUCACCUUUGACCCCAAGAAUGAAAUCCUCAUGGAAAACAUUGCCAAGCUGAAGAGAGCGAAAUCUAGAGCAAAAAGAGCGACAUCGGAUGUCGAAGGUCAGCAUCAAUUCUUACAUGCAGGAAUCCCGCAAGCAUCUUUUUAUCAGUAACCUUUGUAUUCAUCAUUGACUUCAAGAAUUACAUAGGAAACAUCUCCAAGCUAAAGAAAGUGGAAUCGAAAGCAAGAACUACAUAGGACACAGAGGUCAGAGCCGCUUAGAACACGCAGAAAUCCAGCAAGCGUCUUUUCAUCACUAAAUUUCACAUUCAACAUUGACCUCAAGAUUGACAUCGUCAUUGAAAAUAUUGCCAAGCUGAGGAGAGCAGAAUUCCAAAGCAAGGAGAACAACUUAGGAUAUCAAAGGUCGGCGCGGUUUUCUUACUCGCAGGAAUACCGCAGGUCUACGUCUUUUAAUCUAAUCCUUUCAGUCAUCAUUGACCUAAAGCCCAUCUGUAGCUUUGGUAAACGUGGGUCCUACAGACCUGCCAACCAGUACGUUUUAGCCGUAUUGAGUACGUUUUUGCAACCAAAAUACGCAGUACGUUUUUUAUUUAAAAAAUACGUUUUUUGUAUUAAAAAAAAACUACAAAAUGAUAAUUUAUUGAUAAAAAUCAUCUCUAUUUCAUAAAACGUACACAAUUAUGGUUGUUAUAUCAAUGUAAUUUCUGGUAACUUGUUUUUUUUUUCAAUUAUUUUGUAAAAACCAGGGUGAGAUAUACACAAGUUUCAAUUUUUUUUUUCAUCUGCAAGAGCAGUGCGCAUUUAAGCUUGCAUGCAGCUUGAGCGCCGUGAUGGGCGAGUGCGCCAAGUAUUUUAUUAUGAAAUACACUUUUUGGGGGAAAAUGCAAAAUAUUUAUCUCACACGCUAAAAAUACUGAUAUUUUUGUCAAAAUACUGAUUUUGGGGGAUAAGAAUACUGAAAAUGCAAAAUACAACUUGGCAGCUCUGGUCCUAGGUUUGUAUGAUGAUUACUAUGUAAGCUUAAUAUUCCAACGAUUACUAUGUAUAGCCAAAGACUUUAUCUCAUCUUGCCAUCUUUUCAUACUUUCAUGUUUCAUUUUGGAGUACUAGAUUGUAGUCUGUGUGCUAGGUUUUACGAAUGUGCUAUAGUCUGGUGUGCGUACAUUCAUAUGUAAGAUGUAAUCUUUCAACUUUGUGUGCUUAUUGACGAUAGUGUUUCCCCCAUCUAUAUACAUAUCGGGGAAGUGUGAUUGCUGAUGAAUAGAUAUUUAUUAAAACAAUUUGAUAAAAAUAUCCAGUAUGCUUAUUUUAAUAAAUAAAAAAGUUUUUAUUUAAUUGAUAUCUUAGAAACACUUAUUCUUUGGUGCAUUUACAGAUUUUAUGAAUGUUGCCUUAUAUGUACAUGUACAAGCAUUGCAUACUCUUUAUGGAGGUAAUAUUUUUCUUUGUCAACAUUUGUAUAGACCAUUGCAAAGAGAUAAAUUGGCAAAUGGGGCUGAAUUGCCCCUCUUUUGCUAUAGGAAUUACCUGUUUAGGAUUAAUGAAAUUAAGUAAUAUAUUUUAUUCAAUAAAUGCCAAUGAAAUAAAUUUAUAUUUAGAAAUAGUCAGUGCAAUAGCAAGAACGAAAUUUUUAUUUCACAUAGCAGAUUAUAUAAUCAUAUAAUUUUUUGUAUACUUUUACGUUUGUGUGUUGCAUAAUUCCACCACCGAAUUCUCAAGUGUUUUGCUUUUUGGAUAAAGAGUCCAUCUGCGUUGCCUUAUUGCGUUUCUGCUUUUGGUGUGUUGUUUGUUUGUUUCAUCUGAUGAUUUGGAGCUUCAGGAAUUGUAAUAAAUAAAUUCAAUUGAAAUUGAAUGGAUUCAGAUCCAUAUUACAGGGCA